UAUACAUAUUAUUGAGAAAAGCAAAGUGGGUUCAGGCCCACCCGAGUUACAUGGUACGCAUCAAAACAUCGGAUCAGUAUGUGUACGAGCCCACAUUGUCACUGUCAAUUCAACCAUUACUACCGGCAAUGCUCGCCGUCGCCGGAGCUAAACCCUCAAGGCCCAUAACCACCGCCACCACCAACCCACCGUAGAUGAAGAGACUUCAGCACAAACCUCUCAUGGUUUCACUCUGCAAUGCCCUCUUUCUCUUCCCCAACUCUCACUCUCACCAAGCCUAACAAACGCCUCACCGCCAAGCCUCCCUGCGUCGUCCAAUCUCUCCUCAAACUCUGCUCUCAAGGCCACCUCUCGCAAGCCCUCUCGUCCCUCGACCUGUUAGUUCAAAAGGGCAUCCGCUUACCCACCAAGACUCUCGCUUUCCUCAUUCAACAGUGUGGAGCCACUGGGUCUCUCAGAGAAGGCAAAUGGGUUCACAUCCAUUUAAGGCUCACUGGUUUCAAACACCCCCCAACGUUUCUAGCCAACCAUUUGAUUAAUAUGUACUUUAAAUGCGCAGAUGACGUUGAGGCCCGCAGGGUGUUCGAUAAAAUGUCUGUUAGGAAUUUGUAUUCUUGGAACAAUAUGCUUUCUGGGUAUGCUAAAAUGAGGAAUCUGAAGGAGGCGAGGAGUUUGUUUGAUAAAAUGCCGGAGAAGGAUGUGGUGUCGUGGAACACCAUGGUGAUUGGUUAUGCCCAGAGUGGAGUUUGUGAUGAGGCUUUGAGGUAUUAUAGAGAGUUAAGGAGAUUGUCAAUUGGUUACAAUGAGUUUAGUUUUGCGGGUGUUUUGACUGUAUGUGUGAAAUUGAAGGAAUUGGGGCUUACUAGGCAAGUUCAUGGGCAGGUUUUGGUUGCUGGAGUUUUGUCAAAUGUUGUGCUUUCUAGUUCGCUUGUUGAUGCUUAUACCAAGUGCGGGGAGAUGGGAGAUGCUAGGAGAUUGUUCGAUAACAUGCCAGUGAGGGAUGUUCUUGCUUGGACUACACUAGUUUCGGGGUAUGCCAAAUGGUGUGAUAUGGAAUCAGCUAGUGAAUUGUUCAGUCAGAUGCCCGAGAAGAACCCUGUAUCAUGGACAGCUUUGAUUUCCGGCUAUGCUAGAAAUGGUCUGGGGUAUGAAGCCCUUGCAUUGUUUACGGAGAUGAUGUUGUAUCAAGUUAGACCUGAUCAGUUUACCUUUAGUAGUUGCCUUUGUGCUUCUGCUAGUAUAGCUUCACUUAAGCAUGGUAAACAAGUACAUGCAUCUUUAAUCCGAAGUAAUUUUAGACCCAACACAAUUGUUGUGAGCUCUCUUAUAGAUAUGUAUUCAAAAUGUGGGGAUUUAGGGGCUGGAAGGAGAGUUUUCAAGCUCAUGGGUGAUAAGCAAGAUACUGUAUUAUGGAACACAUUGAUAUCUGCCUUAGCACAGCAUGGUAACGGUAUAGAGGCAAUGCAGAUGUUUGAGGACAUGAUCAGAUCAGGAGUCAAACCGGAUAGGACAACUGUUGUCGUCAUUCUCAAUGCGUGUAGUCAUUCUGGUCUAGUGCAGGAAGGGCUUAGAUUUUUCAAGUCCAUGACUGGUGAUCAUGGCAUUGUUCCUGAUCAAGAACAUUAUGCAUGCUUGAUUGAUCUCUUGGGUCGAGCUGGAUGUUUUAAUGAAUUAAUCAACCAGCUCAAGAAUAUGCCAUGUAAAGCUGGCGAUCAAGUUUGGAAUGCGUUACUUGGUGUCUGUAGAAUUCAUGGAAACACAGAGCUGGGAAGAAAAGUGGCCGAACACCUUAUUGAAUUGGAGCCUCAUUCUUCUGCUGCUUAUGUACUACUUUCAAGUAUAUAUGCCGAACUUGGUAAAUGGGAGUUGGUAGAGAAGGUGAGACAACUUAUGGAUGAGAGACAUGUGAGGAAAGAGCGAGCCCUUAGUUGGAUAGAAGUAGAAAAUAGACUGAAUGCUUUCACCGUAUCAGAUCGGUUGCAUCCUCUGAAGGAAGAAAUAUACUCGGUUUUGGAACAGUUAGCUGGCCAGAUGGAAGAAGAUGUUUCAGUACCUAAUGCUGUGAGGUAAAAAUUUGAUGUUUUGCUACUUUGCGGGGCGGUAAGAAGGAGAAGUGAUAUACCAUAUCCAUUCAAUUUUUUUUAUAAUUUGUAACAUGUUUUGAAGCUACUGUUUUUAGAUUCUUUAAAUUUAAAUCUCCACAAUGACAUACUUGCGAGAUUUUUCAAUAAAAAUCUAAGUUUCUGA